AUGGCUGGAGAGUGGUUUUAGCAAGUUGGCCCACCUUAGGAUAUACUUCUAGGCGCCUUGCUUUUAAUAUUGCUGAACGUUUUUUCUGUUUUUACCGAGUAACAUAUCGUAUCAAAAUGAGCCAGAUGACCGACAAGAAGGAACGCUAUAACUCACUCAACGACCUUACUGGUUUGGCCCAGUGCUUGGUGGAUAUGAACAUAUUGAUCGAUUUGCGAAAUGAAACUUCCGUCGCCGGUAAAAUUGUGUACGUCGAUGGAUUUUUCAAUAUAUCGAUGGAGAAUGUGGUGUUCAUUGACCAGCUUGGGAAACAAUUUAGAAUGGAGGAACUGAUGAUAUAUCCACGUUAUAUUCGAUACAUCCAUAUACCAGAGUCGGUUGAAAUAAAACCCGCCCUGGAAGAACACAUCACCAAGUUGACCACGCGUCGGCCAAGGGAUCCUGUUAAACGAACAUUGAAAAUGAAACGUGCGCGGGAGAACCAGCUUCGAACGUUAGCCGAAAAUGAACUGAUAUGAUAACUGAAUGUUGAUAAAAGUCUUCCGAAUGUCGCAAAUACACUAUUGGAUACAAUGGAAAAAG